AUGCCUAAAUCACCUAUUGAGAUCGUCCUAGGAACCGGAAAUGUUGGAGAUGCAUCCAGAGACCCAGUGGCCAAGUUUGACUCUCCAGCAGAAGUUAAGGAGUUUCUUGAUGCCUUCUACAAGAGCGGUUAUCGCCAGAUAGAUACCGCCAGGGGCUAUUCACCACACGCUCCACUGUCCUGUGAGCCCCGUCUCGGUGCAGCCAAUGUCGGGGAUAGGUUCGUUGUCGGCACCAAGGUUGUCUCCCGCCCCGACGGGGCUCAUUCGAAGGACAAGAUUGCAGAUAGCAUUGCUGGCUCUUUAGAUUCAUUGAAAGUUGCUCAAGUAGAUAUUAUGUACUUGCAUCAACCGAACCGAACUGUGCCUUUUGAAGAAACUGCAGAGGCCAUGGACAAGGCAUAUCGGGAGGGCAAAUUCAAGCGAUUUGGAUUAUCUAACUAUACAGCCGCCGAAGUCGAGCAGUUUAUCAAGAUUAGCGAAGAGAAAGGCUUUGUGAAGCCAACUGUUUACCAAGGACAGUACAACCCUGUCGUUAGAAUAGGAGAAAAGGAGCUUCUCCCCUUGUUACAGAAGCAUAACAUUGCCUUUUACGCCUGGAGUCCCGGCGCUGCAGGAUUUUUCAACGGUAACCACAAGAACCCUCAAGCUGGAGGUCGCUACGAUGCCUCUCAUUACCUUGGCAACUUUUAUACUUCAAAGUAUGUCAAGCCGAGCAUUGACGCUGCUGCCGACCGAGUGCGAGAAGUUGCUGCGAAGCAUGGCAUCUCUGGACAUGCUGCGUCUCUUCGAUGGACUGCCUACCACAGCGCUCUUUCUGCUGAGCGUGGCGAUGCCAUCAUCGUUGGGGCCUCGAGCAUUAAACAGCUGAAUGAGAACUUGGAGAUUUUUGAGCAAGGACCACUUCCGCAGGAUGUUGUCGAUGCGGUCAAUGCUGUCUUUACGGAAAUUGGGGAUGAUGCGAUUGCGUAUCACAACUAG